CCUAUCAUUAUCUAACAUCUUGGGCAUAAAACGUGGCGGUGCAAAAAUAUAUAGUUUAUUCAGUGUUUUUCUGGGAAGAGGGUAACACACGCGGGCGACCACUAUGAAAGUGAAACCGGAUUCGCCCGUAGCCCUCCUGGACCCGUCGCUCCUGCUACGUCCCGAAAAAGUGUACGAUGACAAACCCAUCGAGGCAUUCCGUGACUACACCAUCGACGACAGCGACCCCAUCAGGGAGCGCGUCAAGAGGACGUACUACGAAAUGCACAGCAAUAUGACAGUGGAUUUUGUUAAAAGUAAGAUGGAGAAAUGGCUCAAGUUCAACCACUUCAAAUCGACAAUAAAAGAUGCCCUGAUUAAAUUGAACGAGCUGGUGGACGAGUCGGAUCCGGACACCGAUCUGCCAAAUAUCGUGCACGCCUUCCAGACAGCGGAAAAGAUCAGAGAGGACUACCCCGAUGAUGACUGGUUCCAUCUCACCGGCCUUAUCCACGAUUUAGGCAAGGUGAUGGCAUUUUACAAUGAACCACAAUGGUGCGUGGUGGGCGACACCUUCGUGGUGGGCUGCAAAUGGGGCAAGAAUGUCGUCUAUGGUGACGACAGCUUCAAGAAUAACCCUGACACGUAUAAUACUAAAUAUAAUACUGACUACGGAAUGUAUCAGCCUAACUGUGGACUGGAGAACUUGAUGCUGUCCUGGGGUCACGACGAGUAUUUGUACAGGUUCCUCAUACAUAACAAGGCCAAGCUGCCCAAAGAGGCAUUCUACAUGAUCAGAUAUCAUUCGUUCUACCCAUGGCACGCGGGUGGAGAUUACCAACAUCUGCUCAAAGAAGGAGACGAAAAGAUCAGGGAGAGUGUUUUAAAAUUCAACCGAUAUGACCUAUACACCAAAAGUGCCGCCAUCCCAGACGUCGAGGCUCUAUGGCCGUACUACGAGUCCCUCAUAGACAAGUACAUGCCGGGCAUACUCGAGUUCUAAUAAUGCUACUAAAAUUUUAUAAGGCAACAAUAUAUUUAUAAAAUUAUUAUGAAAUUGUAAAGAAUAGUGGAUUUUUGUUUUCUAUUUUUCUUACCAAUAUCCGCAAUAACUGAUAGCCAUUUGCGUUGUAUAAAAUAAUUACUUGUAUGUCAAUAAUGCCAAAGUAAAUGUAAUACUUACCUAAAUGUUUUUUAAGGUUUAAGGUACAAUAUAUUUUAUAAAUUACACGCUAGAUUAUAGAUCAUAUACAUUUAGAUGGAGUAUUUCUGCGAUAAAUUCCCAAAUUUUUCUAAUUGAAGUAAAUUUUUAUGACAGACUACAUUAAUUCACGUUAUUGUUUGUAUAAAUAGAUAUACUAAAAAUAUUAUUAGUAAAAAAUGUUAAAAAUAGUUAACUGACCAUUUUUUGGGAUGUCCUUAAUAUUCUAUGCUCCAUCUAGACAGAUAUGAUCUAUUAAGUUUACAUAAUAGAAUCUUUUUAAUUUUAUUAUUGUUAUGGAAUACUUGUAAAUUGUCUACUAGCGUGAAUAUUUUUAUUUUAUAAAAAAAAAACAUGUGAAAUAAAAAACGCAUUGAAUAAUUAA